AUGUCGGUCCCCAAGUUUAACGAUUUGUCGUUUUAUUCAGAUCCUUCCGCUCACAAGUCAAGGUAUGCCAACUUAGUCAAAACAUUUAAAAGCAAGUAUCCUAAUGACGAGAUUGAGUUUUUUGCUAGAUCCCCUGGAAGAGUCAAUUUGAUUGGUGAUCACAUAGAUUACAAUUAUUUCCCAGUAUUGCCUAUGGCAAUUGAGGUUGAUGUUGUUGCUGCUGUUUCCACAAACAAUAAUGACAUGAUUGUUAUUGCCAACACUGACAGUGCCAAGUUUCCCAAGGAAACAGUUUCCCUUGCAGAAGAGUUUACCAUUGAUCGUGAACACCACACAUGGGCCAACUACUUCAAAUGUGGAUUGAUUGUUGCUUCCAAGUUUUUGCAGGAAAAGGCAAUGACCAAGUUGAAAGGGAUGAAUAUCACAUUUAGUGGAACCGUGCCCACUGGAGGUGGAUUGUCUUCGUCAGCUGCAUUUUGCGUUGCAUCGACCUUGGCUGUGUUGUACGCAAAUGGUGUUGAAGACAUUAGUAAAGCUGAUUUGACAAGAAUUACUGUAGUUUCUGAGCACUAUCUUGGUCUCAACAAUGGAGGAAUGGACCAAUGCGCUUCGGUGUACGGCGAACAAGGCAAAGCUUUGUUUAUUCAGUUUAAACCACAGUUGAAAGGAACUCCAUUCGAGUUUCCAGUUAAAAACUUGACAUUUGUUAUUACAAAUAGUUUGCAGGUCUCAAACAAGUAUGAAACGGCUCCGAUCCACUACAAUUUACGAGUGGUGGAGAUGGCUAUUGCUGGUGAUUUGUUGGCUAAGAAAUUGAAUGUCGAAGGUAAAGAAGGUAUAGUUAAGGAUUCGAAUGUUGAUACGUACUCACUCCGUGGAGUGAUGGAUGGGUAUUGUGGAGCCUGGGAUGGCGAGGAUUUGGAUGUGGGUGUUGUCCAUUUAGAAAAAAUGAUUGAUGUUGUGGGAAAGACAUUAACGAAAGAGGGGGGAUAUACUGUUGAACAAUGUUGUGAAGAAAUGGGUCUUACCCCAGAGGAGUUUCACUCAAGAUAUCUCAAGAAAAUUCCCGUCAAGUUCGAUGUUUUAAAAUUGUAUGAACGUGCUCUUCAUGUCUAUCGCGAGAGCUUAAGAGUCUUGAAAACGCUUCAAUUGUUAUCAACAGUGGUUGAUGCAUCACAAUUUUUGCAAACAUUUGGGUCUCUUAUGAAUGAGUCACAACACGAUCUUGAUAUUUUGAAUGAGUCUUCUAAUCCCAAGUUGAAUGAAAUUUGCUCAAUUGCGCUAGCAAAUGGUGCCUAUGGUUCAAGAGUCACAGGCGCUGGUUGGGGUGGCUCAAUUGUGCAUUUAACCACGACAGAGAACUUACCUAAAUUAACAAAAAGUUUAGAGGCUUAUUAUAAGCGUGAAUUUCCUGGUAUUACCGAUGAAGAAAUACGAGAGGCUGUGAUUGAUAGUAAACCAGCAACAGGAAGUUGUUUGGUAAAGCUUGAUUUUUCACAUGCACUUCAGGGGUAA